CGGGCUUACUGCACAAAUAAAAUAAAUCUCCUCCGUCGGCCACUCCUCUCUCUCUCACGCUGCUCCGCCGCCGCCUCCUCUCUCCCGCCGCCGCCGCCCUUCUCUACCUGAAAUUUAGCACUACCACCAUCGUCCAUUUGCCCCCCUAAACCACCACCGCAAUCCCAAAUACAGCAGCGAUUUCCAUCAAUUUUCUUCCUAAGCGAGACGACCCUCUCGCUCGGGGAAAUGGAGGCUGAACUAAAAGAAAUGCUUAAAGAUCUUGAAAGCCUCAAGAGUUUGCUACCCGAUCCUUCCCAUCUAUCUUCGAUUAAUAAGCUGCAGUCACGUGUAGAGCAUAUUACGAACAUGGCAUAUUCUACGCCAAUGAGGAGAUCAAAAGUCAAGGACAUGAGUGCCGAGGUGGUGGACAGCAAUCCCUAUAGUAGGCUCAUGGCACUUCAGAGAAUGGGCAUUGUCAACAAUUACGAGAGAAUAAGAGAGUUCUCAGUUGCCAUCGUUGUCUGUAUUUACCCCUUCCUACUUUGUUUUGAUUUUAAUGUUUUAGGCAUUAAGAUGGGAAUUGGUGGUGUUGGCAGUGUUGCCGCUGAGAUGCUAACAAGGUGUGGCAUUGGCCGUCUUUUGUUGUACGAUUAUGACAAAGUGGAGUUAGCUAACAUGAAUAGGCUUUUUUUCCGUCCAGAGCAGGUUGGGAUGACAAAAACUGAUGCUGCUGUUCAGACCCUUUCAGACAUAAAUCCUGAUGUUGUGCUAGAGAGUUAUACAUUCAACAUCACAACAGUCCAAGGAUUCGACACCUUCAUGACCAGUUUAAGAACCAAAGCUUUCGGCCCAAGUAAGGAAGGCAAUGGGGUAGACCUUGUUUUGAGCUGUGUGGAUAACUAUGAAGCCCGGAUGGCUGUUAAUCAGGCCUGUAAUGAGCUGAAUCAAGUAUGGAUGGAGUCUGGUGUAUCUGAGGAUGCUGUUUCUGGCCACAUACAAUUGCUUAUUCCUGGAGAAACUGCUUGUUUUGCUUGUGCACCUCCCUUGGUUGUCGCAUCUGGAGUGGAUGAACGCACUCUCAAACGUGAAGGGGUCUGCGCAGCCUCUUUACCAACCACCAUGGGAGUUGUUGCUGGGCUCUUAGUACAGAAUACACUCAAGCUUCUUUUGCAAUUCGGGAAUGUCUCCCCUUACCUGAAUACCCUUUCUGUUCUUGAUGAGCUGUUGCCAUUAUUUUUAUCGCAGGGAUACAACUCUUUGAAAGACUAUUUCCCAACCAUGGAAAUGAAGCCAAACCCUCAUUGUUCAAAUGGAGCUUGUCUGGAGCGUCAGAAAGAAUUCCUCCUUUCAAAACCUGCAAGGGAUGCUGCUGCUGCUAGAGCCAGGAUGGAGGCUGAGGCAGCAUUAGUUGCAGAAGGCCCUCUUCAUGAUGACAAUGAGUGGAAUAUAAGCAUUGUUGAUGACAGCGAUGUUGAAGCUAGUGGUGCUGCAAUCUCGGAUGCUCUCCCUGAAGGACUUACUCGCGAGCUUCCAAGUGCAGACCAUUUUCAGAAACCCCAAGCUGCUGAGCCAUCUGCUACCAUUGUCGAUGACCUUGAAGAACUUAAAAAGCAACUCGAAGCCCUCAAUGCAGACUGAUUUACUGAACUUGUGAUAUCACUAAACAUCCCAACUGAUUUAGCUUAUCUGGAAUUGAAUUUUGUAGCCAAUUGCCGUUCAUUUUACCAAAGACGACAUCAGACGUUGAGGAUUUGUUGUCUCAAUGACAGUGGAUAACUUCGAGCAAACAGUAUGGACGAUAUCUGAGAGUUGUUUUUCUCCGCACUUCUCCGCAAU